AUGAAGUUCAUCAGCACCCUCAUCCUCACCCCUCUCCUCCUCACCGCCCCCCUAGCAUUCGCCUUCGUCGCCGAGAUGUUUCCCGAAGCCAACUGCGGCGGCGCAUCUCUCGGCGAACGCAACGUCUGGGACGACUCCUGCGCAUAUGUAAACCCCGGCUUCGCCUCCUUCCGCCUCAAAGCCAACAGCGGCAGCAUGCAGCAAGGCACCCUCUACGGCAACCAAGCGUGCGCCGCGCCGCACGUCUGGCAGGGCUGCAUGGGCGGCGUCAACGCGCUCAAAGUCGGGGAGUGUGUGACAAUGAGUGGCCAGGCGCAUGCGAUGAGCAGCUACUGGAGUCCGGCGCCUUGCCCGGGCUGA